CCAUCAAGCAUUGGCAUCCAUUCAUUGCCUUGGUAUGCUAUCCUGUAUCAAGAGUGGCUCUUAAGAUACUCCUUUUUGUGUAUCUUGACAGAAAUCUAUAACACUGACAAUCAACUCUUCUCUAGACACCUUUCCAUCCAUCACGCGAAGAAAAAAAAAGAACGAAACAAUGUCGCCUCUCACCCCUGACUCGACCAAGGUGGCUCUCUACCGCUCCCACCAGCACGAACACGAGGCCGAGCUCGCCAGGAUCGAGGCCGAGCACGCCUACCGUCGCCAGCAGGCCGCCGAGACCUUCCAGGCCCGCAAGGAGGCCGCCAUCCGCAAGAUUGACAGGCUGGAGGCCGAGGAGCUGGAGAACAUCCAGCGCGCGCACGAGGGCGAGGUCGGCGCCGCCAAGAACCGACACGAGGCCAAGAUGGAGACUGUUCGCGACAAGUACGAAAUUGGCGAUGAGGUUGUCGCCGCCGCUGUGGCUCAGGCCGCGGAGGCCUCUGAUGGAGUUCAGAGCGAUGUGGGUGGAAACAGCCCCGUCGAAACGGUAAGAGACAGCUUUGCAGGCCCACGCACACCCGCCGGGAGGGGGGGGGGGGUGAUGAUAGCAAUCCUUUUCUGGGGGAGCUUGAAAUU